AUGUCGGUACCAUACAAGAUCCAGGCCAGCGAGGACCUCCUCGUGGGCGGCAAGGCGGGGGGCAAGGCCAGCGAGAAGAUCCCAGUCAUUGCACGCCCGUUUGUAUCAGACCGGGCGAAGAAGACAUUGGACAUUAUUGAGAAGUUCGUCGAGGAGGAAUGUAUCCCCGCCGAUACCGUAUACGCCCAACAGAUCGGCUCGGGCGUCCAGGAGCGAUUCGCCUCACACCCGGCCGUCAUCGAGGACCUGAAGAAACGAGCAAAGGAGCUGGGACUGUGGAAUAUGUUCUUGCCCAGGAACCACUUCAAGGAGGGCGCGGGCUUCAGCAACUUGGAGUACGGCUUGAUGGCUGAAUACUUGGGCAAGAGCGGUACUGCGUCAGAGGCGUGCAACUGCUCUGCUCCAGAUACUGGCAACAUGGAAGUCCUGGCCAAGUACGGCACACAAGCACACAAGGACCGGUGGCUCAAGCCAUUGCUGGAGGGCAAGAUCCGCAGUGCCUUCCUCAUGACUGAGCCAGACGUCGCUUCCUCAGACGCUACCAACAUCGGCCUGACGAUGCACAAGGAGGGCAACGACUGGAUCUUGAACGGCUCGAAAUGGUGGUCAUCCGGCGCCGGCGACAAGCGUUGCGAGAUCUACAUCGUCAUGGGCAAGUCCGACCCACAGAACAGCAACGUCUACCGCCAACAAUCCGUCAUCCUCGUCCCCCACGACACCCCCGGCAUCACCAUCCACCGCAUGUUGUCCGUCUUCGGCUUCGACGACGCCCCACACGGCCACGGCCACAUCACCUUCAACAACGUCCGCGUCCCCGACAGCAACAUGGUCUUGGGCGCUGGCCGUGGCUUCGAGGUCAUCCAAGGCCGUCUCGGCCCCGGCCGUAUCCACCACGCCAUGCGCAGCGUCGGUGCCGCUGAGCGUGCUCUCGAAUACACCAUCGCCCGCCUCAACGACCCCCGCAAGAAGCCCUUCGGCAAGCUCCUGAGCGAGCACGGCGUGAUGCUGACCCGUGUCGCCGAAGCCCGCUGUGAAAUCGAUGCAGCCCGUCUCACAGUCUGCAACGCGGCCAUCAUGAUCGACACCAAGGACGCCAAGUUCGCGCUCAAGGAAAUCGCCGAAGCCAAGAUCUUCGUGCCCAAGGUGCUCAUGAAGGUCCUCGACGAAGCCAUCCAGGCGUACGGUGGCGCGGGUGUCUCGCAGGAGACGCCGUUGGCCAAGAUGUGGGCAUCGGGCCGCACGAUGCGGAUCGUCGAUGGACCGGAUGAGGUGCAUUUGAUCCAGAUGGGCCGGAACGAGAACAAGCGGGGCAAGUUUUGCUUGGAGAAGAUUGAGUGGCAGAAGGAGAAGGCCAAGGAGAUGGCGAGGGCUUAUGGAUUGGAGGUGAGGGAUGUGCUGCAGUUGGAUAGGCAGCCUAGUAAGUCGAAGUUGUAG